GCUCCUACAGUGCCUGAGUCUGUGAGCAUCUGAGGUGAGCUGGAAGAUGGUACCCAAACACCAAGUGACCGUCCAUCUGAGGCAAAUCCAGCUCUUUGUUGUGUGUGUUGAGUGGUGUUUGGGGCUGUGUAAGUUUUGGAGAGGGGCUGGGGGGGCUCUGGUGGGCUCGGUGGGGAGAUUUCAGGUGCAGCGCUGAAGAUGUGUCCCUGGGCUUGGGGUUCGGGCAUUGCAGUCUGUGGAAUCACAUCAGCGCACCAUGAUCCGUGAUCUCCUGGCGCAGGUCCCAGGAAGCAGGGGGGUGCCGACUCGGUGCGUGUUGGAAUUCAGUGUUGGGUGUUUGCAGGGGAUCCCAAACCCCCUUUGCAUAGCGGGAAAUAGCCGGCUUGGAUAAAUCCCCUUCAGCAUCACAUGAUGUCUUUGCUGGGAUCUGUCUCGGAAGAGCAGCUUCCGUUUAGGAUGGAUCUUGCGUAUGACUCGCCUGGGAAAACCCCUUCAGAGAGAAAGGCUGUCCCACUGGCAGGGAGCGUUUGCCAUGGACAACGGUCACAUAAGCAGAUACCGCUUAAGCGUCACCACGAGCCCGCCUCGGUGGGAGAUCGGCAUCUAUGCCACCGGCGCCUUGGUGCUGCUGGGGGUAGCUGCCGUCAACCUCUGGAAGCUCUGGCGCUCUGGCAGCUACCCGGCACCUUCCCCCUUCCCCAACUACGACUACCGGUACCUGGAGCAAAAGUACGGGGCGGCAUAUUCGGACAUCAAACACAAGCAAGGGGUGGGCCCGGGCUCGCAGAGGGCGCUGGAUAAGACGUCGCCCACCCGCAAGAGCAGCCUGCGGGCAGACGACACCUACGAGAGCAUCAACGAGCUGGGGAGCCUGGAGCUGAUGAGCAAAGACCUGGGCUUGGCCCCCUAUGGCCCCCUGAAGAAAUCCAUCUCGGCUGACUCACUCAGCUCCAUCUCCUCCAUCGGGAACAACUUUGGGCAGGAUUUCACGGUGGGGCAGGUGGAGGUCUCCAUGCAGUACGAUGGGAAGGCGGCCACCUUGCACGUGACGCUGCUGCAGGGCAAGGACCUGCUGGAGAAGGAGGACGCUCGCUUCGAGUCCUGCUUCAUGCGCAUCAGCCUGCUCCCGGCUGAGCAGAUCGUCGGCAUCUCCCGGAUUCAGCGGAGCGCCUACGCUGUGGCCUUUGACGAGCGCUUCUCCAUCCCACUGGACCCAGCAGCGCUGGAGGAGAACAGUCUGCGUUUCUCCGUCUUCGGCAUCGAUGAGGAUGAGAGGAACGUCAGCACCGGCGUGGCUGAGCUCAAGCUCUCUGACCUGGACCUGGCCACGCGGCCCUUCAAUGCCUGGCUCUACCUGCAGGACAUGAACAAGGCAGUGGACACAGUGGGGGAGAUCCUGCUGUCCCUGAGCUACCUGCCCACGGCAGAGCGCUUGACAGUGGUGGUGGUCAAAGCCAAGAACCUCGUGUGGACCAGCGGCAAAGUGACUGCAGAUCCCUUCGUCAAGGUGUACCUGCUGCAGGACGGGAGGAAGAUCAGCAAGAAGAAGACGGCAGUGAAGAGAGAUGAUACCAACCCCGUAUUCAAUGAGGCCAUGAUUUUCUCGGUGCCGGCCAUCGUGCUCCAGGAGCUGUCCCUGCGGGUGACGGUGGCAGAGUGUGGCGAGGACGGCCGUGCCGACAACACGGGCCACGUCCUCAUCGGCCCGGCGGCCAGCGGGAUGGGCAUCACGCACUGGAACCAGAUGCUGGCCACGCUGAGGAAGCCCGUCUCCAUGUGGCACCCGCUCCGGCGGAACUAGGUGCUGGCGGGGGAGCCCGUCGUGCCCCCGGGAUCCUGCACCCCAACACCGGCUCUGCCCUGGGGACAGCGGGCAGAGGGGGGCUCUGCCUGGCCGGUGGCUCGGCCGGGGGCUGCCACAGUGGGGCAGGGGCUGAGCGGGACUUGGCAGAGCUAAAGGCAGAGGGGCCGGGGCGCCUUGCUGCUGAAACACCGAGGGGAUGGAGCGACUCCUUGGCUGUGUCUCUCCCCAUGGGGGUCGCCCUCACGUGCGCUGGGGGCCAAGAACAGACGUGCCGAGGAAGGAGCCCCCACUUCAGAUGGACCCAAACCACUGCCCGGCCGCCAGCCGGGCUCCCAAGCCUCCCAUGUGCUCCCCAGCGGCCCCCGAAUCGGUGGUGCCCUUGAACGUGGACCCCAAGGGCUGCCCGGGGGUGGGUGGAUUUCUUUGGAAGGUGGUUUUUGGUCAAAAGAGGAGGGAAAAUGGAGGGGGGGGUUGAUAAAGUGCCAGCAUGGCGUGGUUUCUUUUGGCACGUGUGGAUUUUCUGUUGGAUUUCAGAGGGAUUUGUGUGUGCUGCAGCAGGGCUGAAAUGUUUCCAGUGAGAAUGGAAAAAGGGAGAAGUAACAGCGGAAAAAGCAAUUGUUGUUCCACCUUUUCUUCAAGCAGAGGAGAUCUCUGCCCAUCUCUGCUGGCUGCAGAGGGGUGGCUGGACUUGACAAGUGGUUUUUCAACCACUUUGGUUUGAGGUC